CAACAGUGCAGGGAUGACUUCAGCUUCCAAAAAAGACAAGACAAAAUGAAAAGGCAAGAGAAAAAAAAAAAUCUGCUGGGCUGGCAAAAAGUAGGCAACACAAACUCUGAAAGGACAUCCCAACUCGCACACAAUCGUCCUCCCACCAACAACACAUGCUCCAUCCCCUUGGUUCUACCGGUGUCCAAGGUACGACUGUGGGGGAAUCAAACCAACAACGGUACAAGUGAGUACGGGAACCCAGACCUUCACCUGGCUGAUGCAGACCAUUCACACCAGCUGGAGAAAAAGGUUGAUCAAACAAAAUGGCUCUUCUCCUCAACAUUCUCUGCGUCUUUUUCCUGGUUGGGAUAGGUCUCAGCCAGGACAUGCCAUAUGAGGAAUUUCUGGCCCAGGUUCAAGCUUGUCCUAAAGAGUGUCACUGUCCCCCAAACUUUCCUCGUGCUGUCUACUGUGACAAUAAAGCCCUGAAGAGCAUCCCCAAAAUCCCUCCACACACGUGGUACCUCUAUCUGCAGAACAAUCUGAUCGAGGUGCUGUCGGCAGAUGCCCUGCAGAAUGCCACACAACUGCGCUGGCUGAACCUUAACCGCAACAAAAUCACAAGCGAAGGAGUGGAGCAAGGUGCCCUGAACGCGAUGCCUCACCUAGUGCACCUAUACAUGGAUGACAACCUCUUGUCUUCUGUGCCAUCCCCCCUGCCUGCCACACUGGAACAUCUACGUCUCUCCCGCAAUCGCAUCUCCAAGAUUCCCGCUGGUGUAUUCGUUGGUUUGGAUAAGCUUAACCUUCUGGACCUCCAAGGGAACAAGCUGAUGGAUGAUGCUGUGACUGAAGUGAGCCUAAAGGGUCUGAACAACUUGGUGCAGAUCAAUCUAGCUAAGAACCAGCUAAGUAACAUGCCUCUCGGUCUCCCACAAACCACCACCCAGCUUUUCCUCGAUGGCAACAAUAUUGAGAAGAUCCCAGCUGACUACUUCAAAGGUUUGCCAAAAGUGGCAUUUCUGAGGCUCAACCACAACAAACUUGGCAGCAGCGGAGUUCCCAACAAUGUGUUCAAUGUCUCCAGCAUUUUGGAUUUGCAGCUGUCCCACAACCAGCUGACUGAGGUGCCCCUCAUUUCCUCAGGGCUUGAACACCUUCACCUCGACCACAACAAGAUCACAAGUGUAAGUGGCUCCAAUGUCUGUCCUUUCCCCGUCGAUGCGGUGGAUGAUUCAGUCAACGAAAGUGUCCCUCGUCUGCGUUACCUCCGCCUGGAUGGCAACGAAAUAAAGCCACCCAUUCCCAGAGAUGUCAUCAUGUGCUUCCGCCUCCUCAGAUCUAUCGUCAUCUAAAUAGAAACAAAUAAACAGCAUUUUGUAUGCCAAUUCUAUUUUCCCAAAACUGCCGACUUGACUUGGAUGCUGUUCUGGUAAAUGGAACCUGUGACGCCAUACAUAUUUGCAUGUAUGUGAAAUCUUGAACACUUGUUAGCAUCAACUGAUUUUAUGGUUGAACCUUUGAAACCUCUUUAUUUCUGCGAGAUACAAAAGAAAGUAUUGGGAAGUGGUGGGUUUAAAGCUUUAAGCGGCCACUGUUGCCGCUAUUUGUGCCUUAAGUUGGUAUAAACAUCUGCAUGUAAAAUUCUGAACCAAAUGUUUUUACAGUUGAGCAUACGAAAAGAGAGAAUGUACUCAUGGCAUGUGGAAAACUUUGAUGACUCACUGUUGUGCUUCUUUCAGCAGGGAGCAAAGCUUUGAAGUAAAACUUUUAUUUUUUAGUGUUACUUUUACUAUUUUUUAUAUUUGUAGGCUUGAAGCCAAAUGAAAUGUCUUGUGUUUUAGAGCUGUAGUUUUAUUAUCUUUAAAAGGUUACUCUAAUCUACUAAUAGUCAUAUUUACUGUAGGUAAUUUAUUUUUAUUUAAUACUGGGAGGAAAAUAAGUAGAAUCCUGUGAAGUUUCUGGCCUACAUUCAUUCUUCAGUGUUUUGUGUACAAGAAAUGUAAUAACCCUUUUUUUUAUGCCAACCCACUUUUUAAUCCAGGUCAUUAUUUUUCUGAUAACUGGAGCAUGAAAUUUCUUUUUAAUUGUUUGUUUGAAAUUUGAAUAAAACUUCAAAGAAUGAA